UGACUUAGUAAAGGCACUGACUGUUGUGACGUCAUAUGCUUUAAGUGAGAGCAAAACUCCCUUUUAUGAUAUUUAGAUCAUAUUUCGUUUAAGCUCAUUCAAUACCACACCUUCCAGCAAUCACCUGGAUAGCUACUAACUUGAAAAUAAAUGGUGCCUAAUUUGGACAGUAUGGUCAAAAUGUGUUUGAUACUAUCGGAAGCUUUAUAGGAUCGUCUAUCUUUAGCUGUUCUCUGAUUUCUACUUCUUUUCGAAAAUAUUCGUGUGUGGUUGUUUGUUUUUUCAAAAUAUAUGUAUAUCAUAUUGUUUGUCUGUCUAUCCGUUAUUGUUUAAUUUUGAUGACUGUGAAACAAAUCUGAAUGUUUUGACUGGCAAGAACAAAUCGGAUUUCUUCUUUUAAAAAGAAACACCACCCUAUCUUUUAAACAUUACAAACAGAAGGGAGAGAUCAUAAUGUUCCAGACUUUAAGUUAAAAACCCCUCAACAAAAUCGUUAUAUAACUCCUUUAUAUAUUUAGCAUGUUUAACUCAUAUAUUAACACAUGAAUACCAAUCACCAGUACAGAUUCGGGCCACGUAAAACUUAAAAAAAGAAGACAAUAAACGUGAUAUGUUCUCUAAAUUAGAUGCAUACAAUUAAUAUGGACUUUAUUGGCAGGCAUACAUUUGGUCUUUUUUCUAUCACAUAGAAGCUUCUAUACUUAUUGAUGCUAAGUAUCAAAAAGGAAGUAAUUUACACGAUCGGUUACGAACGACUAAUGAAGUAAGAACAUGAAAAACAAAAAACUUGAUUUUCAAUGUCUUUGUGUUUCUAUUCAUGAUAUAAGUUCAAGUGCGUGUCAUUGAGUUACUGAAGUACGUAUCACAACCACUGACGGUACUUGCAAUAGUUGUUUAUUUGGCGUUUUAUUAGUAUUGAUUAAAAUGUGAUUGAAACAGGUGGUCUGAAAAAAUGUUUAGAUUAGAACUUUCAUUUGAGAAGUAUAUAGUACCAUUAUCCAAUCAAAAAUUGCUAAUGCUUAUAAAAAUACAUCUUGAAAAAAGUUUAAAAGUGUUGUUAAAUGUUUUUGUUUUUGAUUAUUGUACAAUGUAUCCAUGAUAUUUUCAAGAAAAUGUACUAAAAUAAGUAUUUUUGUUUACAACAUUACAGAUAUGGCACAGGUGUUGGCAGUACCAGGACAUUUAAGACAUGGAUUUUCUUUUAAAGGCCAAUUCAACCACGACUUCCGUCGAAUAACUGGUAUAGCAGCUACAAUAAAGGGGAACAUUUUGUUAUGUGACUAUGAUAAAAAGAAUCUGAUAUUAGUUGAUCCUCUUGGAAAUUAUUUAAAGAAGCUAAACGCAGAUAGUGAACCAUAUGAUAUUGCUAUAACGAGUCAAAAUAUAGCCUAUAUUACACAACCUAAAUCCAGAUCUGUCCUGCAAAUUGACCCUGACAGAAUGGUUGAACUCUUCCAAGCAACAUGCAACGACCUAAGCACUACCGUGUUUUCUGUUUCUGCAGUCCCAAGUACUGGACGGGAUUUUUCAGAGAAAGUUUCAUGUUUUCUUGGCGUUAAAAUACAAGGUUUUUCGUAUAUAUAUGCUGUGAAAAACGAUAACAUUAGCCUUCCACUCGCAAAUUCAACUAGAGGAAGACAAAUUGGUCCAUGUGUAAUAAAGUUCCAUGCAGUUAAUGAACAGUCUUUUUUAUCUUGUACCGGAGGUCAAAAUUAUAUCAUGUAUAGCGGACAAAAUCUACGAUUAAAUAAGAUAGAUAGUAUCGUCACCAUGGAUACACCCACUGACAUAUGCUCCGACGAGAACGGCCACAUCUACGUCAGUGGACAAGGAUCGAACAACAUACACAGACUUGAAGGGUAUUUUAAAAAGUCAGACAGAUAUAGAAUAGAUCAGGAUUGGAAAGUACUAGACAUACCAUUGAAUUCACAUCAUGGAAUCAAGGAACCUGUCGCAUUGUGCUUCAACCAAGACUAUAGUAAAUUGUAUAUUGUCAACGAAUGGGGGAAAUCAGUUUUGAUCUUUGAUGUUAUUUGAUUAUUGAAUAAAACUAUUAUGGCUUU